AUGGACCUCGGCUUCUCCUCCGCCGAUCUUAAGCUCAUCUCUCGCACAUGUCCAAACCUGAGACACCUGACCUUUGCCACGACGAAGCCACCGUUCACCCAUCUAAAUGUAGAACAAAUGUUGAGAAAAGCACCAAAUCUGAUUACCCUGACUGUCCUCGAUUGCGACGAGGAGUGGUUGGAGGUUGCCUUAACUCCCCUACGCCAAGGGAGCUGUCCUCUAUUACAGCACUUUGAGAUACACGAUUGCAGCAAGAAUUGGUCGUUGGACGUUCUUCGCGACAUCGGUGAAAACUGUUCGAACAUUGUGUCCUUGAAAUUACACCAACGGAUCAGCAGCCUUAGGCUGGCCAGAAUGAUUACAAGAUCUUUCCCAAAUUUACGAUCUUUUGAGUGCAAAUACGUCAACGACACCGGUCUGCAAGAGCUCAUCACCGGACUGCAGAAUCUCAAAUCUUUAAGCUCACAAUUUGAAAAUGACAUCACCGACGAAGUCGCCGAGUCGUUGGCGGGUCGAUUUGCAAAACUGGAGUCACUUAGGAUAAGGACUAUCAAUAAACAGGACUAUUCCCUAUUCUCUGCGGCCUUUGCAAAACACCAGCCUUGCCUGCGGCAACUUUACCUGGCCGCCUUGCACAUCCGAGACGCCACGUUAGAGACGAUUGUGGAGAAUUGUCAUUACCUGGAAUCCAUCGAAAUUUUCAUGUGCUUCUAUUUAACCGAUGCCUCAAUCAAAGCAAUAACUCGGCAUCGCAACACAAAGCUCAAGCACCUCAUGAUCGCAUAUAAUGCUUAUAUUACCGACGAGAGCAUGGAGGAGGUUGCCAACUGUUGUACCCAACUAAGAUCUAUAAUCAUUAUAUCGUGUACGAAGUUGACCGAUCAGCCGUUCAUCAACAUCGCGAAAGAAUGCAAAUUGUUAGAAGAGUGCACGAUUCGACAUCACUCGUGGCAUGCCAUGGCGUCGAUGGUGCACACCUUGUCCGCCCGCAACAAGGGAACCCUGAGGGUUUUGAAAGUCUAUGAGGCUUGCGUCAAAGAUUUAGUGAUCAAAAAAUCGAAUUAUAAAAUCGACGCGGCCGCCUUAGAAAGGCUCGCGGUGAGGUGUCCAAAUAUUAAGACAUUAGUUCUCAAAUGUAGGUUGCAAGAGAAGGAUCAAAACAAGCUCGUCAGGGCGAUUUGUAAAUUUAAGAAUCUAGAAGAAUUACAACUAUCAUCAUCGGAGAAAUUUACAUCUGACGAAAUAAACCGGUUGGAAAGACAUCGGAGAUUAAGAUAUGUCACCCUCAUCCACGGAUUCACCCCCGAAAAUCAGGCACGCAUUCAACAAGCAUCAAGACACGAACAUUCGACAAGGAUGAACAUUACUCUCAUUAACCCG